UCUACGUAAAUUUGUGCACAGAAAUGCACGCGCCACGCGUUCAGGGAGUGAUCGAUACUUAAUCAAAUGUAAAUGAAAUUCUCUCGGUUUUUUUUUUUUACUAUUCCAGCUGUUUUUCCCUGAGCUAUUAAUGAAGGGCUACAGCAAAUAUUUGUUUGAAUAUUGGAGUCUGUUCUUAGUUUUUCCCCGCCCAUGAGCCAGAAUGGUUACUGCGGCGGACUUUUUAACCAAACGACAUUUUGUGACCUACGAGUUUCAUUCAAUGUCCGGGGAACCAGAGAGCGCACACGCGGGAGAGAAGGAGAAAGUGUUGGUCGCAUCGUCGGCGACCGUCCAACCCACCGAUAUGAACAACGGGAAAAACAAGAAGCGACGCGGCCGUGUGCCGUCCUUCGUCAACCCACUGACCGGCCGGCCCACCACGCUAGCUCUGGCCGCAAUGUUGUUCGCCGUCGUUCUGAUCGUCUACCUUAUAUCCAGACCCAAGGAAGAGGGAUCAGCAGCUGCCAUCGACGAGCGAGCCAAAAAUCCCAAAUUCCAUCACAUCUUGGUGCCCGCUGAUGACCCGCAUGGUUUGGAUGCAGGUGGGCGCGAGGAUUUGAACUUCAAUCGUAUGCACCGACCCAAUGUCUUCCAGGCAGCCGGUGGAGAACAGCCUGCCCAAGCCCAAGCCUUUCAGAUCCCAAAGCUACCUCCGCCGGGCUGGAAGAAUCAGCCCCAGGGUCCAAAUAAGCUGCCUCCCGAGCCGCAUCCUAAACCAAAGGAGUUCCCCGUUGACGUGAUCCACACGCCGGAGUUGCAGUGCCCGGAGAAACCAUACGUCGUGUUUCUGGUCGUGUGUCUGCCGUCGGAGGUCCUAGCAAGGACGGCCGUCCGACGCUCCUGGGGGAUCCCCAAGGGAAUAGCCGAGGCCAAGGAGCUGUCUAUGAGCUGGAGGACUGUAUUCGUGAUGGGACGGACCGAGGCUAAGGAUGCCCAGAUCGAGAGGGAAUCCAAGAGUUACGGGGAUGUCCUCCAAGGUGACUUUGAGGACCUAUCGUCAGAAGUAACCCGAAAGGUCAUGUUGGGAUUCCAGUGGGCGAUCAAGGACAUCCCCAUGUCUUGCAGACCCAGCUACAUCUUCAAGACCAGCAUCAAGGUCUACAUCAACCUGCCUCUGAUCGUACCGUGGAUCACGGACAAACUCAACAAGGCCUCGGACCUGUACGUCGGCAAGACGCUCCGGGAAGACCGCCCGAUCCGGGACAAGGAAGACCCGCUCUACGUGCCAAGCGCGGACUACCCUCGGAACUUCUUCCCCAAUAUUGCGAGGGGACCUCUCUACAUGCUCUCCAUGGACGUGGUGCACAAGAUGGUUCCCAAAUUCGGCCACAUCACCCCCAUCGCGAUGGAGGAUGCCUACGUGGGACUCUUGGCUUACAAUGUGGGCGUACCAAUCACCGACGACGACCAUUUUGUCCUGAUCAAGAGACCAAAGAACUUCUGCCAUUACCGCAACAUGCUGUUCGUCUUCGACAUCGAACCUACGGAAGUCAUGCAUGUGUAUAAUGUGGUGGAGGAGAAACACAGGUACUCUGAAUGCACGGACAGGGGAUUUUGACAUUAACAAAGCGAGAUUCGGAUGAUUUGCAAAACUUUCUAUGAAAGAUAAGACAGCUCGUUUAAACAGAGUCAGCUAAGCUUUAUUCCUCACAAAUCGUGGGAAACUGUGGUGCUCCGUGUCCCAUAGCAUGGCACUGGUAACUUCUUCUUCCCACCUUGAGGCAAAGUGUGUAACGGAGCAAAAUAAAACUCGUUGAUGAAUGCCCAGCGUGAUUAAUAAAUUACUUCUAUCGCGCUUGGGGCACGCCCUGACUUUUUUAGUUCCAAAACUGGUUAUUGGUCUUAGCGGAGAGGCGAUAAGGGUCAAUGUAAAUAAUUUGAGAUUUCAAUAAUUCAAAGUAUUGCCCGUAGAAAUACCCUUUAUAAUAUUUUAAUAAUACCCUCUGUAGUUUGCCAGCAUCGAACGGUAUCUGUGAUAUACAGGGUGAGUAAAAAAACGAAACCCAAA